GCAGUCGAAAGUUUAAUAUCGAAACGUUUGCAACUGAAAUUUUUGUUGGGGUAGAAAGAAACUUAAUUCUACAAAAAUAUAUAUAUAUAUAUAUAAAAAAAAGAUUCCAAAAAGUGAAUAAAAAGUUAAAGUUUUAUUAAAAUUAUUGCAAAUAGUUUUUAUAAUUCAUAAAAAUUAUAAAGUGCAGUAAAUCCUUCAAAAGUUGCAAAUAUCAAAGCAAAUAAAUUAUUAAAGAAGUGAUAAACUGUGUUUCGUUAUUUUUAUAAAAAAAAAUCGAAAAAUUCAAACUGAAUUUUAAGUUUUAACACAACAAAAAACAAAAAAAAUUAUAAGAAAUGGCCACAUAUGCAGCAUUUAAACAUGUUGAACUCUACAAUGUUGGCAAGACUAAAAAGAGAGUUUUGAGACCUCCGGGUGGUGGAUCAAGUGAUAUUUUCGCCUCUGAAAUGCCUCAAACACCGCGUUCAGUGAAGAAUCACAUGCAAUCGAACAUAUUCUCUUGCGAGAAAAAUGCUGUGAAAAAUACUGUUCGACAAGGAGCUCACAGAUUCUAUUUCAUUGGCGAUCAACCAAGACGUGGUCAAAAAAAUGUAGACUCUUACGCUCGUCUCUUUGGUGAACCCGAACGUCCGAUGACGCCUGCAAAGAAUCACUUAAAAAGCAACAUUCCAUUUGGUGGAAACAAGAAAGCAGCACAACAAAUAUUAGUCAAUGGUAACGGACUGAAUCAUCACGUUAAUGGUAAAGCUGGUUCUGUUUCAUCUGCUUCAUCAUCGGUGUCAUCUUCCACAGAAAACUUAAAGAUGAAUGGUUUCUCCAAAAUAGCAUUUCGCAAAAUGAUUAAUCAAGAACCAACCCAAGCCAUUGCAAAACCCCUCAUUAUUCCCGAUCUAGCCUGUCCAGUUACACCACCGGAGGUGAGUUCAGAACCAGAGCCACCCAAACCACUUGAUAUUGAUUUUCCUUGUAAAGAAGAUAGUCAAACAAUAAAUGAAAAAGAUGUUAUACCUGAAAAAACAGAUAAAAGCGGAACAGAAACUACACAUAAAGUUAUUCAACCGUCAAUAUCUGUGUGUGGUCCCGGGGAUGCUGCAUCACAAACAAAUAAUGAGACUGGAUGCAACACUGAUAAUCCCAAUUCACUAAUAAAUAUGUCUCCGCCAAAGAUAAUACAAGAACCCCAAAAACCGUGCAAUGAAGAUGAGAGAUCAUCUUCACGUAAUCCAAUCACUGGUAUGGGGUUGGAUGGUGAUGGCGUUGGAGGCUUAAAACCAGUAACACCAAAGUGUCGUCGAGAUGGUAACCCAGUUACUGGUGAAGGAUACAAUAAACCAUCUCUUGAUGGAACACCGAGUCUUAAUGGUGCACGGGAAGUGAUCAACAAAAAUCGUAUUCCUCCAGGUGGUUUUUCAUCCGGACUCUGGUAAAAAUCACAGUGCAAAAACAAAAAA